CCAUCCAGGAGCUCCAGCGGUGACUCUGUGCACAGCUCGGACCCGGGCUCAGGCUUGGACUCAGACUCUGAUUUUGAUCCUGACGAAGUGGAGAGCUGGAUGCUCUUGGACGGAGAGGAGCUGGAAGGAGACGCCAACAUCCAGCUCAAUCUAGAGUUUGAGGCAAGCAGCAGCUCUGCAGAAGAUGAAGAUGAUGCUCACAACUGGACAGUUUCUGAGAGAGAUAUGGAGGCUGAGAUCAGCAGCCGAGGCCCCACCCGGCGGCAUGCUAACCGCUACUACACCCCCAAUGAGAGCGUCACCUGCCGGAACUGUGGGAAGGCAGGGCACCUCCCAAAGAACUGCCCCACGCCAAAGAAACGGCUGUCCUGCCUGCUGUGUGGAAGCUCGGGACACCGCCAGCGAACCUGCCCUCGCAUAUACUGCCCCAACUGCGGCCUGCCCGGCCACGGGUACGAGGCCUGCCCGGACCCCUCCAGACUCCACAAGAAGUGCCACCGCUGCGGCAUGCCCGGCCACUGCCACGACGCCUGUCCAGACAUCUGGAGACAGUAUCACCUCACAGCGCAGGGCCGCGGAGGCGUGGAGGUGUGUGACAGUUCCGCGGGGCGGCUGUCAGAGUACGGCGGGAACAGCUUGAUAGUGGCCUCCUGA